UAAUAAAAAUGAAGAAAAAUGCGUUUACUUGCAUUGAAUUGACUGAUGCCGCCAUCCCACCUGCUGAUAUUCUAUAAAAGUACAUUUUUGCAUCGCAUUUGGUCACAGACGUGGGUGCUGAAGAAACAACACUGUAGUCUGGACGAUCCGCAGGGAAAUCUGCGUGGACAGCAGACACGCUUUCUUUUUUGUUGCUUCGUGGAUCAUUUCUAAAGUAAAAUGACAUGUAGCUGAACUCUAAUUUUCCUGGCAACACGGGUCCCUUCUCCUCCUCUCCUAAAGGAGCCCUGCUUGCCCGGGGACCCUCCGGAAGCCACUGCAGUGAGCUAUUUAUGGUCUCCAAGGGAGCGAGGCCCCGCCUCUCCAGAGACUUUCUCAUAUAGCAUGUAAGACUCCCCUGCUCCUCUCCUUUCUCCUUCUUCCUUGUACACCUAUUGAGGAUGCUUUCCGCCUUCGGGGGGCCUCCUCUUCCUGCUCUCCUAUUGGCUCCUGGUCAGCCUCUGCCGUGGUGACGUCAGGCCCCGCCGCCCCUGCAGCGCUGAAUGGACCAAGCAGCCUGUCUGAUCCACUCCAAAACAGCUCAACACGGCACGGCACAGCACGGACACCAUCCCGGGAAUAGGAAAAUAACAGGAAUAGAGGCUUGACGGGACAGCGACAGAGAUCAGCCUCCAAAUCGCACGAAGGCCCAACAACAUCAGCAUCAUUGUUUGUUUUCUUCACGAGACAGGACGGGGGAGUGCGCCCACCGUUUUGCGGGUGUAUGUGCGUGCGCUUGUCUCCCGGUUUGGAUCACGAUGAUGCAAAGUGCGGCGGUCCUACCGACAGAGAGUCCUGUGAAGAGUUUACCGGAGAUUCUCGGAGUGCCACUGCAGCAGAUCCCUCAGUGUGCAGGCUGUAGUCAGCACAUCCUGGACAAGUUCAUCCUGAAGGUGCUGGACAGACACUGGCACUCCAAGUGCCUCAAGUGCGCCGACUGCCAGACACCGCUGGCGGACAAAUGUUUCUCCCGGGCAGGAAGCGUCUACUGCAAGGAGGAUUUCUUCAAACGUUUUGGUACAAAAUGUGCAUCGUGUCAGCAGGGCAUCCCGCCGACACAGGUUGUGCGGAAGGCGCAGGACUUUGUUUAUCACCUGCACUGCUUCGCCUGCAUCAUGUGCAGCAGACAGCUGGCCACCGGGGACGAGUUUUACCUCAUGGAAGACGGGAGGCUGGUGUGCAAGGUGGAUUACGAGGCCGCCAAACAAAAUGAUGAUUCAGAGGCAGGGACCAAGAGACCAAGGACCACCAUCACCGCCAAACAGCUGGAGACCCUCAAAAGUGCCUACAAAAACUCGCCGAAGCCUGCACGCCACGUCAGAGAGCAGCUGUCAUCGGAGACGGGGUUAGACAUGAGAGUGGUGCAGGUUUGGUUUCAGAACCGGCGAGCGAAGGAAAAGCGUCUGAAGAAAGACGCAGGGCGGCAUCGCUGGACUCAGUUUUAUAAAAGUGUCAAACGCAGCCGAGGAGGAACUAAAGUGGAGAAGGAGAGCUCAGCUGACGACGCAGGACUCAGCGACAGCGAGCUGAGCUUCAGAGACGACCAGGUCCUGUCAGAUCUCGGCCACGCCAACGGGCUUUACGGGAGCGUCGGCGAUGUGACCAACACGCUGAACGGCGGCUUCUCCGUCGACGCGGCGGGACAGCCCUACCACGACAUCCGAGCGGGAAGCCCUUACGGUCUCCCCCAGUCGCCCUCCUCCAUCGCCUCUCUGCCCGGCCACACUCCUCUCCUCAACAACCUGAGCUUCAACAUGGACAGCCUGGUGGCACAGGGGGGGCCGGGUGGUGUGGGACAGGCUCUGAGGGCCAUGGCAGGAGGCCCGACCUCAGACCUCUCCACAGGGAGCAGUACGGGAUACCCUGACUUCCCCACCAGCCCCGCCUCAUGGCUGGACGAGAUGGACCAUUCCCAGUUUUGAGUCUCAGACAUGGUAAAAAAAAAGUACUGUGGGGAAACAUCAAAGUGGACUCAGAAGGCUUUUUACAUUUCUUUCUAUCGCUCUCCACGGUCCACUGCUGGUAUGUUUCGGGUGCGAUGUUGGGCGAAGAGGAGAAGGGAGAGUCCCGCAGCAGUCGUAGUUGGUGAGGUAGCCAUCGAGAUAUGUAGUCUGAGCGGAAGCAGCGAGAACGCCUCCGCACAGAAUGAGUCAACUCUGCAUCAUACGAUCGUUUUUUACACUUUGUUUUGUUCGUUCACUCUCUGAAAGUGAGACCGGAUCUCAAAUAUAUCGGUGGAGUAAUGCUCACAGGGGAGAAACGUCUCAUCCCUUGAAAUAAACCACACAACAUUAGGGCGACACAAUCCAGAUCAAAGUCCCUACGAAACCCAGGAGUCACCUGCAUGCUUCUCAUUCAUACUGAGCAGGCCUGCCGUACAGCCACAUCCAAGCCUUUACAUUGGCGAUGCACUUUACUCUCCUCGUCUCUCUACACGUGUGGACAGAGAAAAGGAGGAGAGACGUAUGCACAAGGCAACAAACAGUGUUUCAUUGGGAGAGAAAUUUACAAAAAAAGAGCGGCACAAGUGUUAAUUUUGAACCACGCUGAUGCUUUUUUUGUUUUUAACAUAGUGCUCAAACUUAUUAUGACUGUUGGUCUGCCCGUCCUUUCCUCUGUCCGUCCGUCUGUUCAUUAGAAGUUUAUGUCUCCCCUCUUUGAAUGAGGGCGAUCACUGUUUGCUACAAAGCAGAUCUCUCUUCUAUAUUUAUAGGUGCUGGACUUGUUGUCAUCUGUGUAAAAGCUGGUCUGGAAGCAGACGUCCGUCAGUAUUAAAUUAUCUCAGACACAGACUCGCCAGGAAUAAAAAGCUUAUAUGUUUAAGGCAAAGUCAAGACAUGUAUACGGUUUGGAAAUAUUCAGUUCUAACCGCUAAACACGCCCCGCAUCUUAUCCAUUUGUAUGCACAUGCAGAUUCUUUUGCAGACGUUGAAAAGCAAACGUAAAUUUGACACUUAAAAUGCUAACAAGCAGGAACACAGAUAAAAACUCUCUUGAGUUUCUUCAGUCUGAUCCAGGCGCCUCUUGGUAAUCUACUCAGUGCAGCUUUGCCUGCUAUCAACCUACUUACUGACCCCAGAUGUGUCGUCAGCCUGUUCUCCCACUGCCUGGCCUGCAUGUCAGAGGGAUUACCGAUAGUCCCCCACAUUCAGGGCUGAUGCUUUAGCAUCAGUGCUGGCACGACUGCCGGGCCGAUGCAUUUCCCACAGCUGCAUCUUUAAAGACCCACAACAACUGAAACAGAUUCGGUGUUUCUGAUUCUUGACCUGCUGAGCAUGCAGGAACCAUCAUUAAGAUUUGAUAUCUGCUUCAAAAGAGAAACAAAGUCUUAUUC